CUCGCAGCUCUGUCUCUAAUUUUCACCACUUGCAGAGUUGCACUCCGCUCAGAGAUGCGGUGGAUGCUGUUUCCACGUUGGAUCUGGUUCCUGGCGUGCGCGUCUGCGCGGAUGGAACUCAGCGUCGCAGUUCUGACCCGUUUCACCUAUUCGCACGCGGGCAUCUGCCCCAAUGAGAUGAACCCCAACCUAUGGGUGGAUGCCAUGAGCACCUGCACACGGGAAUGUGAAUCUGAUCAGGAGUGUGAGUCCUUUGAAAAGUGUUGCCAAAAUGUCUGUGGGAAACACAGUUGUGUUGCUGCCCGUUAUGUAGAUGGGAAGAAGGGCCCUGUAGGAAAGCCCAACGAAGCAUCCUGUGCCAGCUUUAUGUGCACCCAGCAGGGCUCUGAGUGUGUCAUUUGGGACGGCUACCCCAUGUGUAAAUGUCAGGACCGCUGUGAGAAGGAGCCAAACUUCACUUGUGCCUCAGAUGGCAUGACUUACUUCAACAAGUGUUUCAUGGAUGCAGAGGCAUGCUCUAAGGGCAUCACCCUCUCAGUUGUCACAUGUCGCUUCUAUGUCACCUGGCCCAACACGAGCCCCUUUUUUCCCCAGGUGACUACGCUUCGACCUACAAAUGCUCCCCUUCAGGCCACCAUCCCACCUCAAAUGAAGCCUGAGCCACCUGUGUUGGUCAGCAGUCCUAUUCACAAGACUGUAAAUGUGGGUGAAACAGCUAGCUUCCUGUGUGCUGUCACCGGUCAUCCCCGGCCUGAGAUCACUUGGGAGAAGAGGCUGCCCUUGGGAGUAGUGAGGGUGGUCUUGAGGCCCAAUAAUGUGUGGGGGAACAUGGUGGUCACAAACAUUGGUCAGCUGGUCAUCUAUAAUGCCCGGCUGCAAGAUUCAGGCCUCUAUACUUGCAUGGCUCAGAACCCAUCUGGUUCAGUCCAGGCCCACCACCCGCUCUCUGUACUGUCAACAGAUGUAUUCAGCACCCCAGAGCCCGAAAACCUCACCCGCUGCCUCCCUGAAGAAUGUAAAAAACCCUUUGAUAGCCCAGAGAAUUGUGGAACUGAGCAGGGGAGAGUCAACUGGUACUAUGAGUCCAAAUCCAACAAUUGCUUUCCGUUCACACACUGCCACAGCAACAACGACCAGCUACCCAGAAAGGUUUUUGACACAUACGAGGAUUGCAUGCAAUGCUGUGGUCCGGAGCUGUCCAGCCCUUGUCAACUGCCUGUCCUGCAAGGAAGCUGUAAGUCAUAUGAGCCUCGGUGGGCAUACAGCAGCACCAUGCGUGAGUGUCAGUCUUUCAUCUACGGAGGCUGCGAGGGAAAUGACAACAACUUUGAGUCAAAGGAGGUCUGCGAGAAGAUGUGCCCCUUCCCAAAAAACCACCACUGCAAAGCUUGCCAGCCGAGAGGCAAGAUGGUAACAAGCUUCUGUAGGAGCGACUUUGUAGUCUUGGGUAGCAUGACAGACAUUACGCAAGAGAAAGGCUCAGGCCACGCUCUUGUGACUGUGGAGGAGAUCUUUAAAGACGAAAAGAUGGGUUUACACUUCUUCGGCAAAGAACCUCUUGAAGUCACUUUCCUCAACAUGGACUGGAACUGCCCAUGCCCAAACAUAACGGGCAUGACUUCAGAAGGUCAGGUUAUCAUUAUGGGCGAAGUCAGUGAAGGCAUGGCUGUCCUUCAACCUGAGAGCUAUGUGGGCGCUUCCAGUCCUCGUCGUAUACGGAAACUGAAAGAGAUCAUCUCUAAGAACACCUGUGAUAUUCUCAAAGCAAUCACAGAUAGCCCUUAGUAGUAAUCAGCUUCUCACUGUACAUCGCUUAGACUUGACAAUACUGUGACAAAUUGUUGUGAGCUUAACCUCACAGAGGCACUGUUUGAAAGGUUUGAAUCUUUUAUCCUUUUUUUUUAAUUAUUGAUACUUCUUGCAAUUCUUGGCUUGGUUCUUUUUCAGGCUUUAUUUUCAGGAGCUCUUUAUGAAAAACCUGUUAAUCAGGGAUUUUGUACAUUUAACUUUCUGUAUUGCUAAAUGAUGUAGGAUGGAGAUAUCAUGUUUUCUUUCAUGUUUCUAGUGUUAUUGUGCUGUGAAAAAGCCCCUUACAGACUUUUUUUAUUUUUACUUUUAUUUUUGUCAGACUUAAAUGUUUCAGAUGAUCAACAAUUGUUUAUAUCAAAGGUAGCCUGAGCAAAUACAGAAUCCAGUUCAAAAUUAUGCCUUCAUUUAUUAAAUGAAAAAAGCUAACUAAACCAACUUGCUCUAGGUUAAAACUAAUCACCCCCUUUGUUAAAUCAUGAAAGACCCGCGUUUGACCAGAUAUUUUGGAAAGCUGAUUUUAAUUCCACCAGCCCCAGCCAGACCAGGUUAGCCCUAGACCCUUAGAGUCAGCAUUAUUGAACGUUAAUAGAACCUGUCUCACAAUAUGAAAUCGUCAAAUAGAUAUGAAAAAGCAACAACAGGCCCCAGGGAAUCCAGCAAACCUCAAUGAUAUCCACAAAUGGAGAAAACACAGAGCAGUGGAGAACCUUCCCAGGACUUAAAAUAUUCUGUGGACUAAUGAGUAAAAGGUGAAACUUCUUGGAAGAUGUCUGUCCCCUUGCAUCUGACAUAAACCUGAUACAAAUUACCUGGAUGUCCUACUGUAAUGAAAUCACAAAUUCUGCCCUUUACCAGAAAAUCAUGAACAGACAAAACCUGGCCAUCAGUUAAGACCUUAAGCCCUGGCACAGUUGGAUUAUGGAGCAGGACAUUUAUCCAAAGCAUAUCAGGAGGUCCACCUCAGAAUGGCACAAAAAAUAGAAAAUAAAAAGUUUUUUAGUGGCCUAGUCAAAGUAUGUACUUAAAUCUGACUGAGGUUCUGUGGCAUAACCUUGAACAGGCUGUUUAGGCCUGAAAAAUCUCCCCAAUGUGGCUGAAUUAAAAUAUUUCUGCAAAUAAGAGUGAUUCCUUCAAAGCAAUGUAAAAGACUGUUGUUUAUUGGAAAUGUCUUAUUGCUGCAGCUGCAGCGGUUUUAUAGGCUAGAGGCUAAUUACUUUAUCAAUAUAGGACCAGGAUGUCUUUUGGCAUUUAGGCUUUAUUAAAAGAAGUCAGCAUUUUAAAACUGCAUUUUGUAUUCAUCGAAGUUAUCUGUGACUGAUGCUAAAAUUUGGUUGCUGAUAUGAAACAUUUAAGUGUGACAAAAGCAAAAAAACAAAUAGUUGGCAAAUGCUUUUCACAACACCGUAGCUUAUCUUUGUUGCUGUUCAUCCCCUCUCCUGUAUCCAGCAGAAACUAAGCCCUUUGGCUAUAUUGUUCAGAACAGAUCUUUUUUAUAUCCAUGUAAUUUAAAAGCCUUGUAUGUGUGAAGUCUAUUACAACUCUACUUCCUAAUAAGAACUUUGUGUAUACACCUUGUAUUAAACAAAAGCACCUAUUAAACAUAUUAUAAGCAUUGAUUUAUCUGAUUGAAAAUAAUUAGUUGUGAUAUAGUUUUUUGGUAGAAUUUUUUCUUACAACUAGUUUUGUUCUUUUUGUUGGCUUUCUUUUUGU